UUAAUUAACAACAAUAUAAUCUAUGAAACUGUUAAAUUUAUUUCACUUAUCUGUGUUUCUGUGUCACCAUCAUACAAGUGUAAUAUUUUUCAAAUAAAAAAUUUAUGAGAAAAAAUGGCUAGGACCAACCCAUUAACAAUUUUUCUACUGUGUCUCCAUCUAGUUCUAGGCCAAAACUAUUCGACCAACAUUGAAAGCACACCUACAAUAUUAAAUACCACUACGGAACCCACUCCAGUAACAUAUGAAUACGUAAUUAGACUAAUUUUCGGCUUGGAAAACGAAAAAGUUUCAACAUUUUUACUAGACACGAUUUUCAACAAUUCCAACAACAUCACUACAACAGACAUAAUAUCUCUGUAUUCACUAGAUUACUUAACUUUAUCUUCCACGAAUGACAUAUUAAAAGAACUACAUUACAAACCCUCCAAAGCAUUGAGCAUCGAUGGUUUGGAGAAGUACUUAUCUGAUUUUGGCAUCGACUUCAAAGAUUUAUACAAAGCAGUUUUUAUUACACAUUUAAAACUUACUGGUUUUCCAUUAAGAAAUUUUUUUAUUGAUCUGGGAGUUAAUAUUGAAGAUUUUGCUAACGCCAUAUAUUUUGGAGAACCAGAUCCAUUCGAAGUUUUCAAAAAGGGAAAUUUUUCUGAGAAGAAUUUGGAUACUGCCUUAGAAAAACUAAGUAAAACUAAAGACGAUUUGUUUGAAGCUUGCAAAAUUGAAAUUUUGAAUAACGUUAGAUCAAAAUCAACGGAAGAGUUCUUAAAUAUACUGAAAACGCACAAUUUUGAUAGAGUCGAAGCAAUGAACCUCUGGAAAUACCUAGAAUUAGACCUAGAAAGUGUAGAGCGUGUGACGGUAUUUGCCGAUCUGCUAGACCAAAUAAAAUUUAAUUUAGAAAACACCUCUUAUUUAGGUAUCCUCUCUGCAAAUAAAGUAGCUAUUAAUAAAGAAAUUUAUAAAAAUAUCAAAGAGAAAAUGGAGCUUUCGAAAAUUUUCGCUCAAUCUAUUUACGAUAACACAACUGUAGAAUUAAAAGAAGAAAAGCCUUAUUACGAAAAUAUUGUUACGCUAAGUUUAGAAACAGACAAUUUUACCACCUUCAUUCAAGUAGCAACUACAAAUAAAGAUCUCGAACAUUGCCAAAUUAUAACUCUGGAAAAUGAUACAUUAAUAUCGCAAUACGUAGAAAAAGUUACAAACAAAAACGAUACAUUAGAGGUCAGUAGAGAAGAUUUUAAUAUCACUAGUUUAAUACCUGGGAGUCCGUUGAUAUGUGAUAAUAAGGUAUACGGUUUGGCCAAAGAAAUUAAUAAUGAUGAGAUAGUUUUUGAUGCAUUUAUAGUUGAUUCUGGAGCAAUUAAUAUAGUAUUCAGUCCAUUUUUGUUUGUUUGUUUGUUUGUUAUUUUGUUAUUUAUUUACAACUGUGAUAUAUUGUAA